AUGUCUGAAUCUAAUAAUGCAUCUCAGCAACAACCACAACAACAGCAACAGCAACCAGAGAUAUUUCAACAAAUAACAAAUUUCUUUGAUUCUCUUUCGACUUCUUUUCAAAAUUUAUCACAACCUGCUCAACAACAACAACCUACAACUCAACAACAACAACAGAAUCAACAACAACAACCAGUUUCAAUAAAGAAUAUACCAUCGAAUCAAUCGACAAGUUCAAGUGACUUGAAAAAACAACUGUUAUCUCGUGAGAUUGAAUCGAGUUCCACCAGUUCAAAGUCACCGAAAUCACCGAAAUCAAUCUCACCCACCAGCAGUCAGAAUCAAUUUCCAGCGUUCUAUCAGCACAGUCAGAAGACACUGAAGGAACUCGAUGAGCGUCGACUACUACUGAUCGAACAUCUCAAGUCGGUGCGGUUCAACCUGGCCACACAAGCCGAAGAUGAUCCCAUCAGUUACAUAAAGAUUCGCAUGGAGCUAACCAAGCGAAAGACAUCACUCGAACAGGAACUGCGCUCACUCGACGAGGUUCUCUCGACCAAGUCGCUGAGCGACCUCGAAUCGACAUCGUCGUCAUCGACCACCAUGGAUGGAAUAACCAAUUUCUUGGGUUCUCUAAUCAGUCCAACAUCGUCAAACUCAUUGAAUCAAGCUAAUCACUAUCAUCAUCAUCAUCAUCACAUUGGCGGUGGUGGUCAUCAUCACAGUCAUCAUCAUCAUAAUCAUCAUCAUGGACAACAGGUAUCUCUUAGUCCACCCGAUAACUAUAGCUACAAUCAAUACAGUCAGUUGAAUCACGAUUCAUCACUGGGUGUUGCACAUCACGCAUUGCCCAACUCCAUCAUUCCCACCGGAACACCCAUUGACAAUCCCGACCCGAAUCAACCAAGAUUCCCACAGCGUGACAAUAUCAACGUGAAGAUCUACGUGGAUUGCGACGAUUACUUUGCAGCGAGUGCACUAGCAAUUGAGAAUGCAACACGUGAAGUAUUUAUCACUGCAUGGUUCCUUUCGCCAGAGGUAUUCCUCAUUCGUUAUCCUUCGCUCGAUCCCAAAUACCGUAUGGACAACCUGCUCUGUCGUAAAGCCAAACAGGGUGUAAAGAUAUUCAUCAUUCUCUGGGAUGAAACAAAGAUUGCAACGUUCAAGGGUAGCAAGCGAUGUAAAGAGAAACUAGAAGAAUUACAUCAUAACAUCAAAGUUAUAAAGCAUCCACCAUUUACACCAAUCUAUUGGUCACAUCAUCAGAAAACAUUAAUAGUGGAUCAGGAAAUUGCAUUUGUAGGUGGUGUAGAUUUUUGUUUUGGAAGAUACGAUACUUGGAGUCACAAUUUGAUUGAUGUUCAUGCCACACUGUGGCCUGGAAAAGAUUAUUACAAUCCGGUGCUUGGUGAUAUGGGUGAUAUUCUGUCUCCACACGACGACUCGAUCGACAGGAAGAAAGUUCCAAGAAUGCCGUGGCACGACGUCAUGAUUGGUGUCAAUGGGUUGGCAGCGCGUGACGUUGCACUCAAUUUCAUAUUGCGUUGGAAUCAUCAUAAAGACGACUACUAUCCACAGCUCUACUUUAAUACGACACCGAUGACACCGAUUGGAACCAGUCAAUGCCAACUGUUGCGUUCGAUGGACGAGUGGAGUGGAGGUGGACGAAACGAGCGGUCGAUCCACACCGCCUACAUCCAGGCGAUCGAAGACGCCGACCACUACAUCUACAUUGAGAAUCAAAACUUUGUAUCGACUCAUGCGCCAGGCGUAUGGAACCAGAUCUCCGCUGAGAUUGUCAAGAGAAUUCGUCGUGCCAUUCGAAAGCGUGAGGUUUUCCGUGUGGUCAUACUGUUGCCGGCACAGCAAGACGGUCGCUUCCAAGAGGAAACACACAUUCGUGGACUGAUGCACUGGCAAUUCCUGACGUUGAAUCGCACAGAGAAUUCAAUGGUACGACAACUGAAGCGUGAGUUCCCCAACGAAGAUCUCUCAGAGUACAUUGGAUUCUACUCGCUGAGAACACACGCCUGUCUCGAGGGUGUCUACGUUUCCGAGCAGAUCUACGUGCACUCCAAGCUGAUGAUUAUCGACGAUCGCGUUGUAAUCGUUGGCUCAGCAAACAUCAACGAUCGGUCGUUCAUUGGUGAGCGUGACUCUGAGCUUGCAUUCAUUGUGCGCGAUGAGAACGACCGUAUCAAGACGCGAAUGAACGGCAAAGAGUAUUGGGCAUCGCGAUUCGCUUACAAUCUUCGUUUGCGUCUGUGGAAAGAACAUAUUGGACUGCUUCCAGACAUUGACCAUCCUCCAUUAGUACAGAAUAGCAAUAGUUUAUCGGCAUCACUUUCAUUCUCUGGAAAUGGAAUCAACAGCGGCAACAACAACAGCAAUAAUACAUCUAACAACAAUACUAGCAACAGCAACAAUAGCUCAACAAACAACUUUAUGAAUGAUAUUAAUAGACAACCACCACUCACUAUAUCAUCACAAUAUAGAAUACCGAAGCAAUCACAUCACAGAUCAUCUUCGUACCAAGGCACCAAGUCAUUCGCAUCGUCACUGACCUCGUCGACUUCAUCGACAUCGAUUGCCCAACAAAAACUUUCAGGACCAACAACACCCAACGACUCUCCUCAAGAUUCUCCACGUGGCAGUAGCAGUACUAUUACAACCAGUACUACUGUUGACAUAAACUCUAUCACAAAGUCGAUUUCCGUCGAUAAUAUCUCGGUGUCAACCUCCAGCCUACCACCAACUUCCAACACGACAACAGCCACAACCACAACACCAUCGAACAACAACAUUCUCACACCGGAGCAUCUCAUAAUAGAAGAUUACAACACUCCACUCGAUAUGUCAACAACAAACAUCAAAUCAAACAACAACAACAACAACAACAACAACAUUGUAAAUACUAAUAAUACUACAACAACUACAAAUAACACUCCGACUACAACUAGUACACUAUCUACAUCCAGUAACAACACUACUUCUACUACAACAACUACAACAACUAUCAACAAUAACAACAUAAACAGCGGUGAUUCAAGUAAAGUAUUUGUUGUUUCAGAAAUAGAUUCACCGAAACUGAAACCAAUAUCGGUUAGCAGUCUUCACAGUGAGGGAAUAGAGGAGAGUAUCAUUGGCGGUAUCGAUCUUACCGACCCUGUCGACAGUACAUUCUACCUAGGUGUCUGGAUUGCUACUGCAGCGUCAAACACUCGUAUCUACGACACAGUGUUCCCAGCGAUCGCAAAGAACUCCAUUAGAACAAUCGAAGAGUUCAAUCAGAAUCUAAAGAAACCGGUAUCCAACGCAGACUGCCGAUUACUCUCAGAGGUCAGAGGUAAUCUCAUUUAUCAUCCACUCGAUUUCCUUGCUGACGAAGAUAUCCAACCUACUUUUCUAUUUACCGAUGAUUUAUUCCAAUAA